AUGAAGCCGUUAUACAAGCUGCUAUUAAUAAGCAAAGGGGCAGUGAUGAUUAAGGAUUGUUCUCAUCAAUUUCCUUCUCUUAUUAGACGUCCUGGUCUUAAAAAAUUAUUAAAGAAAAUAAAAGAAGUUCCUUUUAAUUAUAAAACAGAUGAAGAUAAAACAGAUGCUGCUGCUGCUGCUGCUGCAGCAGCAGCAGCAGCAGCAGAUGCUGCAGCAGAUGCUGCUGCUGCUGAUGAGGAAGAGGCAGAGGCAGCAGAUGCUGAGCAACGAGAGGGCAUGCAAGGACGAAGAGAUUUAUCUCAGAUGCAAUUGGAUAUGGUUGGCUUAGAUUGGGAUGAACAAACACUUCUUACGCAGCAGCAGCAAAUAAGGCAGCAGCAGCAAAUAAGACAGCAGCAGCAGCAGCAGCAGCAGCAGCAGCAGCAUAUACAACAGCAGCAGCUACAGCAGCAACAGCAACUUGCAAAGACACAAGGAGAGGCUGCAGAGUCACAACCUCACGAUGUAGCAACAACACCAACAACAGCAGCAGCAACACCACCAGCAGCAGCAACACCACCACCAGCAGCAGCAGCAACACCAGCAACACCAGCAGCAGCAACAACAACAGCAGCAGCAGCAGGAGAUAUGAAUUAUAUUGAUGAUAAUUUAACCAUGGAUAUACUGCAGCAAACAAGGGAUUUAUGCCUUGAGGCCCUUGGUCUCCCUCCCUUAUCUGCUGCCAGCCCCAAAACGCAUGCACUUUGCAUGCAACAAUUAUUAAGACAUCUUUAUUUCAGGAGAAAAACUGCUGAUGAUAUAAAUCAAUAUACUGCAGCAACAGCAGCAGCAGCAGCAAAAGCAUCAGCAAAGGCAGCAGAACCAACAGCAGCAGGAGAAGAAGAACCAGCAACAGCACUAUCCUCCUCCUCACCAGCAGCAGCAGAUGCAGCAGCAGAUGCAGCAGCAGAUACAGCAGCAGCAGCAGGAGGAAUUCCUCGUCGUAUAAGUUUUAUAUCUGCAGGUGUCCGUCGUAUAUUGGGGUGUAUAGGCACCUCUAGAUAUAAAAUAAUAAAUAGUGGUUGUUUAUCUAUGCAUUAUAAGGACAAGAAAAAGUUCCGUCUUUCUUUUGCUGCUGCACAAUGGAUUGUUCCUAUCUAUUUAUCUAUUCAGGCUGCUGCUGCUGCUGCUGAUAAUGAUGACGAUGCAGCAGCAGCAGCAACAGCAGCAGCAGCAGCGGGUAAUGCUGCUGCAGCAGAUCCUAGUGAUAGUUGUGUAGCUCUUGCUAAUACAGAUGCAGCAACAGCAGCAACAGCAGCAGAACAACAACCACCACCAACAGCAGCAACAGCAGCAGCAGCAGAAGCAGCAGCAGCAGCAGCAGCAGGAGCAGCAACAGGAAAGAAACGUAUAAUAGAGAUUCCUUUUGAUUUAUUAUAUUAUUUAAUAAAUAAAAAAGAAGAAGAAAAAAGAAUUCCUUAUAAAGAAAUAAUACAAAAAAAAGGAGGAAAUAUAUUAAUUAAUAAUACACAAGAAGGAGCACUUGUUCUUGUUGCACAAUUCAAUAAUAAUAAUAAUAAUACCAGCAGCAGCAGCAGCAACAGCAGCAACAGCAGCAGCAGCAGCAGCAGCAGCAGCAGCAACAGCAGCAGCGAUAGCAGCAAGAUUACAAAUUUUGCGGUUCCUGCAUGGAGAGGAAAACAACAAAUAGAAUUAAUGAUUGAAUUAAAGAUGAAGAAAGCAUUAAGAAAUCUAUUUAGGUGGAUGUACACCCCAGGAGGAGGAGGAGAAGAAGGAGAAGGGGUAGGGGAAGAAGGAAGAGGAGAAGGAGAAGGAGGAGAAGGAGGAGGGGAAGAAGGAAAAGAACAAGAAGAAAAAGAAUAA